AUGGCCAGAAACGUGUUAUCCAAGGAUCAGUUCGUCAAGCUCAUUGUCGGGGCUGGUCAAGCCAGUCCCAGUCCCCCCGUCGGUCCGGCCCUGGGUAGUAAGGGUGUUAAGAGUAUGGACUUUUGCAAGGAAUUCAACGCUCGCACUGCGCACAUCAAUGUCGGCGUCCCUAUCCCCGCGCGCGUCACCGUCCGCCCCGAUCGAUCCUUUGCCUUUGAUCUGCGCACUCCGACUACCACCUACCUCCUGCUCAACGCCGCCCAUGUCGAACCCCGAAAGAACCGUCUCCGUGGUUCCAUGCGCCCUGGUCACGAGAGCUGUGGCACGAUCUCCCUGAAGCACGUCUACGAGAUUGCCCAGAUCAAGCACUCCGAGACCCGGUUGUCGGGACUGAGCCUGCAGGGCCUGUGCAAGAGUGUCAUCUCGCAGGCCAAGUCGAUUGGCAUCAAAGUUGUCCCAUGA